CGGGUUGGAGCUUGGGUAAUUUACCGAUUAUCUUAUUUACUUUUCAUUACCGAUAAGAUGUGAUGUGAUGGGUUUUGUUUCUUGUAACCUAGUUAAUUAUUCUUGAUUUGCUGCUCUUACUAUAUACUAUUAUUACACCACUACACUACGAUGUGGUAAAUUGUAAUUGAGUAGAUAGACAGACAGCACAGACCCAGCAUCUCCCUUUCCCUUUCCCUUUCGUCUACUUCCCGUUCAGCUAGGAGGAGCACGAGGAAAAUCGACCAUGGCAGGCCAAGUACGGCAUCCGAUCGACACGGCGGCGUUGGAACGCUACAUCGCUCAGAAUGUACCCGAGAUCAAGCUGCCGCUGGACGUGAAGCAGUUCGGCUUCGGCCAAUCCAACCCAACCUACCAACUCACCUCCCCCGACAAAACCCGCUACGUCCUGCGCAAAAAACCCGCCGGCAAGCUCCUCUCGCAAGCCGCCCACAAAGUCGAGCGCGAGCACCGCGUCAUCGCCGCCCUCCAGCACACCCCCGUCCCCGUCCCCCGCGCCUACGCCCUCUGCGAGGACCCCAAAGUCCUCGGCACCCCCUUCUACAUCAUGUCCUUCGUCGACGGCCGCAUCGUCCACGACCCGUCCAUCCCGCCGCCCCACGCCCAGACCCCCGCCGAGCGCGAGGCCCUCUGGCGCGCCGCCGUCGAAAGCCUAGCCGCCCUGCACAGCGUCGACCCCGACGCCGUCGGCCUGGGCGCCUUCGGCCCGAAAGCCGGCUUCUACGCGCGCCAGCUGGCCACCUGGAAGCACAUCUGCGACGUCCAGGCCCGCACCCGCGACGUCGACACCGCAGAGCCCGUCGGCCCGAUCCCCCACAUGGACGCGCUGGUCGCCUUUUUCGGCGACGAGGCGCUGCGCCCGCGCGACAGGGCUACGCUUGUGCACGGCGACUACAAGAUCGACAACCUGGUGUUUGCGCCCGCGGAGCCGCGCGUCGCGGGCAUUCUGGACUGGGAGAUGAGCACCAUUGGCCACCCGCUGUCGGACCUGGCGAACUUGCUCAAUCCGUUCUACCUAGUUUCGCUAUCGCAGUUGCCGUCUUUCGCCCCGUCGUCGCCUUCGAAAGACGGGGUUCCGAGCCAGACCGAGGCUAUAGCGGCUAUAACCAACGCAGGCUUCCUCCCCGGCGCCACGCCCGGCCUUCCCACGCCCGCUACGGUGCUGUCCUGGUAUGCGGCAGCCGCGGGCUGGGAUCCGCGGCCCGACGAAGUAGCUUGGGCUUGCGCGUUCAGCGUAUUCCGGCUCGCGGCCAUCUGCCAGGGCAUCGCGGCGCGUGUCGCUACGCGUCAGGCCAGCAGUGCCGAUGCUCGUCGACAUGCCGCUGCUCUACGACCGCUCGGCGAGUUUGCGUGGGAGCUAGUGAGGAAAGAGAAGGAGAGGCGGAAGGCUGCGUCUAGUAGUAGCGCGAAGCUAUGAUGGCGGAUCUCUACUACCAUCGUCAUAUUUUUGCCACUUUCGUUGUUUUACUCGGCCUUUGAAUCUAAAGUAAAGGAUUUGGCUAGUUAGUUAACUAGACGGAAGUGGGAAGUUUUGCGUUUUGCUGGAAGCUUCUAAACAACGGUAGGAUUACUUGGGCUGGGAUAUGAGCUACGAUCACAAAAUCAGCAUUCAUCCCGUGUAUCAUCUACUUAGGUUAAGCCAACAUAUUUGGAUUCAUUUUCAAUGAGUUAUUAGUUAUACAAAGCGAUAGUUUUGGACAGCUGCCUAGGUUAGAUAGUGUACAAUGAUAAGUAGCAGUUUGAAGAAUAUAAUCAAACUCUCGUAAGCUCAUGAGCUUUUAUAUCCCUUUAAGGGUUUACUUUUGAAUACAGCAACAAGUCAUUACAUUACAUAAACGCAUCAAGACAUCGCAAGUUAUCAAAGCACGUCGCUCAAUUAGAGCCUAUUUGGCUAUCUGAAUUAAUGAGUAUGGUUAACCCUUCACCGCAAAU